AUGAGCAUACUGUCAUACAAUGGCUCAGCUAUUGUUGGUAUGAAGGGAAAAGAUUGUGUUGCUAUUGCCACUGAUAUGCGGUUUGGCGUUCCCCAUCAAACGAUUUCUACAAAUUAUUCAAAAGUCGAACAAUUCGGCCCUCAUUUGUUUGUUGGAUUCCCUGGCUUGGCGACAGACAAGGAAACUGUGUACCGUCUUCGCUUUCGGAAGAACAUGUACGAACUUCGAGAAAACCGCCAUAUAAAGCCGAAAACCCUUCUAUGUAUGCUUUCAAAUCUAUUGUAUGAACGCAGAUUUGGUCCAUAUUUUGUUGAGCCUGUAGUUGUUGGUAUCGAUCCUGCUAGUGGCGCUCCGUUUGUUAGUGGAAUGGAUUUAAUCGGUUGUCCCGCCGAAUCAGAAGAAUUCGUAGUUGGUGGCUCCUGCACGGAGCAAUUGUAUGGCAUGUGCGAAACGCUAUGGGAAAAAGACAUGGACGCGGCCGCGUUGUUUGAGUGCAUAUCCCAAUGUAUUUUGAACGCAGUGAAUCGUGAUUGUAUUUCUGGAUGGGGGGCACGCGUAUACUUAAUUGAAAAGGAUAAGGUCACCAUCUCGGACCUCAAGGGACGUAUGGACUGA